GUUUAGAAAUCGGAAGCAUAAGAGGAAACGUGAUUUCCUUCCUAUUUUCACUCCACUUACCAUUUCUACUCUGACGCAGUCAAAAUAAUGUUAAUCCCGCUGCUGUUGCUGCUCAUGUGCUUUCAGCAUGCUGUGACUAAGAAGUGUUCCCCCUUCCCACACGCUAUCCUGGAAAAUGGUCAUGUGUCUGUUUUAGGAGAUCAGAAGUUCCUAUUCCAGUGUGAUUCCGGAUUCUUCCUGGCAUCCCCACCUCUCGUCAGAUGCUGGAAAGGAAAAUGGUCAUCCACAAAGACCCCCAAAUGCAUAAAAUCGGAGGGAAUGUGCGAAGAACCAACAGCCAUAUCAAACGGGGAAAUCCAUGGAUCCGAGAGAAGCGUGGGUUCUACUGUGCAGUAUAUGUGUCAGCCAGGAUUUUUGCUGCUCGGUGAAGGGUCAAGGGAAUGCCUGCCGGGUGGACACUGGAGUGGAAUCACGCCCGCAUGCAUGGAGGAAUCGGAGCCCAUACAGAAAGUUGCUGACAGAUUGAAAGAACAUUUUGUCUCCAAUCUCUCUACCUCCAAUGAAUCGAUUCCACAGGGUCGUCUUCUAGAUUCAAAUUCUCUGCAUCAUGGCCUCGAAUUAGUAAUUCUGAUCGACCGUUCCAGCAGUAUUGAUCCAGAAGAUUUUGAGACAGCAAUCAAUUUCGUCAAGUUUCUUAUGCAGGAGUUCGGAGUUCGAAAUGGGAACACCAGCAUAAGUGGAACGAGAGUGGCAAUAUUGACUUUUGGCUCAAAAGUAGACUUGCUCUUCAACUUGGAUAAUUCAAGCAUCACCGGACCCAUUGCAGCUUAUGAAGCCUUGGAUACUGUGCAGGAUGGAGGGGGCGGAACAGCGCUGGAAGCCGCCCUCACUAGCGUCUUCACUCUGCUGUCGCCCCUUCGUGAGAAAGCCAAGAAGGCUAUCUUCCUGAUGACGGACGGAGAACCGAACAUCGGAACACCUGGUAUAACUCCAGAAGAUGUGGCCAUACAGUUAAAAGAUGCAGGAGGUUUCGAGAUCUUCACGAUGGGCGUGGGUCGAGGCAUCAACAGAAAAUUGCUGUCCAGCCUGGCAUCUCAACCUCUGCUCAGUCAUGUCUUCAUUCUUGAUAAGUACUCCGACCUGAGAAGUAUUAUGAAAGCGAUCACGGACACUCCCAUCAAAGCAGGAGGUGGUGUGAUCAGUUCUUGCGGUUACAUAAAGGACUCGAGUUUUCACUUAAAGAAGUGGCCAUGGAUGGCAGCCAUCUACGUUGGUUCAUCUCCGGAACUGCGAUUCUGUACCGGAACACUAAUAUGCAGUGAUUGGAUUCUUACCUCUGCCUCAUGCUUCAAUCGAACCCUCACUGAAGAGCCAGUGUUCAUUGUUUUUGGAGAGAAUAAUAUAGUACAGGAUGAGAAACAUCAAAUGAAUUUCUAUGCUACAAGAGUUGUACUUCAUCCUAAUUACAGUCCGCUCGACCCAGUGCACGACAACUUGGCUCUCUUACAAUUGAAUUCCCCAAUUCCUCUCAAAAGAUUCCGACCAGUUUGCCUCCCACCUACAGGUAAAACUGUCCCGCUGCACAUGGAUCUUAAUAUCAAUGCUUCGAUUGCUGGUUGGAGUCUUCCCCCCCAGCUCGAUUCGAAUGGCCACAUAGAUGGCAGCACUCACCUCUUCAACAGAGUCACCGUCACUGUGGAACUAGCAGAGCAGCAUGAAUGUAGACGGAUCGUAGGAAGGGCAUUCAGUGAGAAUUUAUUCUGUGCAGGAUUUGGGAAGAAGGUUUGCGCUGGAGAUCCGGGUUCUCCUGUCAUUGUUGUGGAUCCCUCAACUCAGCUGCAUCACAUCAUCGGAGUUUUGGACGGGAGGGAGAAGUGUGCUGAACUGGGACUCAAUUACUACACUGAACUCACCGGAUACAUUCCUUGGAUAGAUGACGUCAUAGACAGGUGUCAUUCCAAACACAUUCAUCUGUAAACAAUAAAAUACUCAGGAUAA